AUGGUUUCAGAUCAUGAUGAGUCUUGCCCACCUAACGACUACAUAUCUGGAUUAGUGCUUUCGUCUUGUUUAAAUGUUAGGUUCUUUUUAUUAGGCAGGCAAUGUCAUGGGUACCUGUUGAAAUCUGGAUUAGUGUUCAAUCAGUACGUGAAAACUGCGCUUGUACGCUUGUAUUCCCUGUUGUCGGAUGUGAUUGGGGCUAUGGAGAUUUUACUUUAUUGUAACCCUGGAUUGCAAUUGGACACCUGCAGUUAUAAUCUGAUCUUGAUCGGACUUGUCGAGAAAGGUUGCUUGGAUGAGGCGUUGAUUAUGUUAAGGAGAAUGCUGGCUGAAGAAGAUAUGGUGUGGAACAAAGCUACUUAUAUUGGUGUUUUUGGUCUUUGUGCUCUCCUUAAAGAUUUAAACUUGGGGAUGCAAGUUCACAACAAGCUGUUAAAGAGCUAUCAUUUUGAGCCCGAUGAGUCUGUAUGCAGCACAAUGAUGAGUAUGUAUGUAAAAUGUGGAGAGAUUUUAAGUGCAAGAAAAGUUUUCGACAUUCGAAACAAUGUGGUUAUAUGGACAGCAAUGUUGGCUGCUUACUUGGAACACGGGUCUUUCGAAGAGUCGUUCAAAUUGUUUGCUGUAAUGCGACAUAAGGAUGUUGUCCCAAACGAAUCAACAUUUUCUGUUGUACUCACUGUUAGUGCAGAGUUAUUCUCUAGGAGAUGCGGAAGUAUGUUACAUGCACUUACAGAGAAGACUGGGUUAAAGGUUCAUAAGAAUGUCGAGGAUGCCUUGAUUAACAUGUACUCAAGGACUGGCGACAUUAAAGCUGCCGAAAAGGUGUUUUUAGGUAUGACUAAUUAUCGUGAUGUUACAACCUGGAACACGAUGAUAAAUGGAUACUGCUAUCAUGGCCUUGGUAACGAGUCAUUGGCUUUGUUUCAAGAAAUGUUGAGAUCGGGGGAAGAUCCUAAUGAUGUGACUUUUGUCGGUGUUCUGAGUGCAUGUGGGCAUGUGGGGCUUGUGGAACAAGGGUUCUACUAUUUGUACGAGUUAAUGAAACAGAAGGGUGUCAAACCUGGUUUAGACCAUUAUAUGUGUAUCAUUAACAUGCUAAUCAAGGCUGGCCAACUAAAUGAAGCUUUAAGUUUCAUCGUAUCAACACCAAGCAAAUGGGAUGUCUUUGCUUGGACUUCCUUGCUCAGUGCUUUUCGUGCUCAUGAUCUCUGA